AUGUCGAACUUUAUAGCUCCAGAAAUUAAAAAAUUUGUGGCUUGGGACUAUGUUGUUUUUGCUCUACUAUUUUUAGUAUGUGCUAGCAUUGGAGUCUUUUUUGCAAUUAAAGAGAGGAAAAAGAAAACUUCAAAGGAAUUUUUGGUGGGCGGUAAGCAGAUGUCAUAUGGACCAAUAGCUUUCUCUCUCACGUCCAGUUUCAUGUCAGCAGUAACAGUUCUGGGGACACCCUCUGAAGUUUACCGCUAUGGGGCAUCCUUUGUUCUUUUCUUUCUUUCAUAUACCAUUGUCAUCAUUUUUACUGCUGAGCUUUUUCUACCUGUAUUUUACCGAUCUGGCAUUACAAGCACUUAUGAGUAUUUGGAGUUAAGAUUUAACAAGAUCGUCCGUCUUGCUGCAACACUGAUCUACAUCCUGCAGACGAUCCUUUACACAGGAAUAGUGGUUUAUGCUCCAUCACUGGCUCUCAACCAAGUCACUGGAUUUGAUCUCUGGGGCUCUGUUGUUGCGACAGGAAUUGUCUGCACUUUCUACUGCACUCUGGGAGGAUUAAAAGCUGUUGUCUGGACUGAUGCAUUUCAAAUGGUGGUUAUGGUGCUUGGCUUCGUAACGGUCUUGAUUCGAGGAACUAUUCUGAGCGGUGGAUCAACCAAGGUCUGGGAAGAUGCCUAUGAAGGAUCACGACUAAGCAUAUUUGACUUUGAUGUAGAUCCUUUAAGACGACAUACCUUUUGGACAAUUGUUGUUGGCGGAGCAUUUACUUGGCUGGGACUCUAUGGAGUUAAUCAGUCCACAAUACAGAGAUGCAUUUCCUGCAAAUCCGAGAAGCACGCUAAGGUAGCACUUUACCUGAAUUUAUUGGGACUUUGGAUAGUCCUGGUGUGUGCAGUAUUUUGUGGUUUAGUGAUGUACUCUCAUUACAAGAAUUGUGACCCUUGGACUGCCGGUUUCAUUUCAGCUCCUGAUCAGCUCAUGCCAUAUUUUGUUAUGGACAUUUUUUCUUCCAUGCCGGGAGUCCCAGGACUAUUUGUUGCCUGUGCAUUCAGUGGAACGCUGAGCACAGUGGCGGCAAGCAUCAACGCUUUAGCAACUGUUACCUUUGAAGACUUGGUCAAGCAGUGUUUCCCAAACCUCUCUGAGAAGAGGAGCACAUGGAUCAGCAAAGGUUUAUGUAUAUUAUAUGGCGCCCUGUGCACUUCAAUGGCUGCAGCAGCAUCACUGCUGGGAGGAAUCGUGCAGGCUGCACUCUCCAUUCAUGGGAUGUGCGGGGGUCCCAUGCUGGGAUUAUUUACCCUGGGAAUUGUCUUUCCUUGUGUUAACUGGAAGGGCGCUAUCGGUGGCCUCCUAACAGGGAUCACCUUGGCCUUCUGGGCUGGCAUCGGCUCUUUCAUUUAUCCCGCGCCGCCCACCAAGACCCUUCCCCUGGAGCUGUCGACUCUCAACUGCACGCUGGCAAACACUACAAGCCUGCUGACCACAGUGGCCCCCACAGCAGCUGCUGACAGGCCGCUGCUGGCAGACACUUGGUACUCCCUGUCCUACCUCUACUUCAGUGCCAUUGGCUGCCUGGGCUGCGCCAUCACAGGGCUGCUGAUCAGCUUUGUAACAGGCCCCACCAGAGGAGAAGACAUCCCCCCGGUGCUAAUUAAGCCGGUCUGCAACCUGUUUUGCUUUUGGUCUGAAAGGCUCAAAACGUUGCUGUGGUGUGGCGUGCAGCACGACAGCCAGGAUGUGGAUUUUGAAAAAAAUCUUCCUACAGUUACUCCAAAUAAAACUGGAACAAAAGAUAUCACCUUCAAGAAUAGUGUCAAUGAAGAAAACAGAAGCCAAUUACCUGGUUAUAAUCCUGAAGAAAAAUCCUAUACUAAUAUGAGCAGAGAAUCUCGUCUCUAG